AGCUGGCGUGGCGGUUGAGCUAUGCGCCAUACGCUCAAGGAAAGGGUUGUUCUCGCGGAGAACACGAUGGAAGGCACGCGCAUCAAUGGCGGAGGUGGCGACCUCACCAGCCUCGGGCUCGGGGGUGAUGGUGUAUCGAUGACUUGGGAUGAAGAAAUUCCCUGGCAAGAAGACCAGAUGAAACGACAGGUGCCAUUCCCUGGGAAAUCCUCCGAUAUGAUUGAAGAGACGCGUCGAAUCCAUGGAAAUUCUCGGGACUUCAGAUGAGUACCUUGGGUAGGGAAUUUUGGGAAGGUCUACGGCCCUCCACACGAGACUUUUUGACUCGAAAACCUAUUCUCGAAUCAACUCAAGCCUCCUAUACGACGUACCGCCUGGGUGGCCCUCCUCCAACUAGGAGUACCGCGCCCAGACGGCAGAGGGCUGCCGCCGACAGGUGCUCGAGUUCUUCGAGCGGGCGCGGGGGAUGCAGCAA